UAACCUCCCUCAAUUGGGAGAACAGCUCCGCCUGGGCAUCUCCUGACAGCAAGCUGUGUGUCUUUUUAGAAGCCGAGUUUUCAAGUCACCUCCGAAGGAUCACGUUCAAUAUGGCUUCCACGAUCAUCCUCCAGCCGCUCUCGUCCUUCACAUUCACAACCAAAGAAGCGCAACCAGAAGAGGACCCAUCAGUAGCGGCUCGUCUCCAGCGCCUGCAGAACAAUUAUGAGGAUUUCGGUAUGCGACGGACGGUGGAAGGCGUGCUGGUCGUUCACGAGCAUGGGCAUCCGCAUGUAUUGAUGCUGCAGAUCGCCAACGCGUUCUUCAAGCUUCCCGGCGACUAUCUUCGCCCAGGUGAAGACGAGACGGAAGGCAUCAAGGAGCGACUGGACGCGCGUUUGGCGCCAGUUGCCAGUGAUCCUGCCUCAUUCGGCCCAGCCGGUCCCAUGGGCGGUGCAGGCGGCGAUUGGGAAGUCGGGGACUGCUUGGCUCAAUGGUGGCGGCCAGCUUUCGAGACUUUCAUGUACCCGUACAUCCCUGCACACAUCACGAAACCGAAAGAAUGCAAGCGAUUGUAUCUGAUCAAUAUGCCGCCGACAAAAAUUCUGGCAGUGCCAAAGAACAUGAAGCUGCUCGCCGUCCCGCUUUUCGAGCUAUAUGAUAACUCACAGCGAUACGGUCCUCAAUUGGCUGCGAUACCGCACCUGCUGUCGCGGUACAAUUUCGUGUAUGCGUGACGAGUCUAAUGUAUUUGCAUUCU